UUCAGACUGCAAGCUUGAUUCAGAUGGACAUCGUUUCUUUGGAAAUAUUGGACGUCAGGCCAAUCCUAUAUAUAUUUUCCCCAGAGGCCCUUCUCCUUCCGAACCUACAGAACUGAAGCAAGUAAGAACCAAACGAAGCAUGGGUUGCUGCAGUCCAAAAACAUCCUCUCCGAUGAGGCAAAACAGCUGCAAAGAAGAAGUACUUCUUCACAUUCCAGGAGCUUCAGUCCACCUUCUGGAAGACAGAGAGGUAUUUGAGCUUGCCAGAGGAGACUUCACCAUCCUAAGGAUCAUUGAGCAAGAUGCUGUUCUUGCUACCAUUAUAAGGAUUGGCUCCGACCUCCGGUGGCCCCUGACCAAAGAUGAGCCCGUUAUCAAGCUCGACCAAGUCCACUAUCUCUUUACUUUGCCGGAUAAGGAUGGUGGCUUCUUGAACUAUGGAGUCUCAUUUGCCGCACCUGAUGGCCGCUUGGCUUCUCUUGAUAUGUUUCUUAAGGAAAACACAUGCUUUUCUACACCUGCGGAUGCUUCUUCCACAAUGAAACCCCCACCUUCUUAUGAUGUUUAUUGGAAGGAUUGUGCACCGAGGGUUGAAGAUUAUAAUGGGGUGUUGGCGAAGGCAAUUGCUGGUGGGACUGGUGAGAUUGUGAAGGGGAUAUUUAAGUGCAGCAACGCUUACAACAGUCAGAUUCAGAAAGGGGCAGAUCUGAUGCAGCCUAAAGCUGUGGGUGGCCAGAACAGUGUAUCUGAUGGAAGGGAUAGAACUGAUAGAAGUUCUGAAGCAAAAAAAAAUCGUGGCGAAAUCAAUAGGAGUCUCCGAAGGGUGAGGAAGCUGUCAGAAAUGACUGAGAAGAUGAGCAGGUCUUUGCUGGAUGGUGUUGUUCUGGUCACUGGCUCUGUGGGCGCACCACUUGUUCGAUCUAAAGCUGGAAAGUGUUUCUUCUCUAUGCUUCCCGGAGAGGUUCUCCUGGCCUCAUUGGAUGCUGUUAACAAGGUUUUGGAUGCAGUAGAGAUUGCUGAAAGAAGAACAAUUGCUGCCACCUCUCAUGUUGUUGCAGGGGCUGUGUAUAAGAGGUUUGGAGAAGGUGCUGGAGAGGCGACCGAAGAUGCGUUUGCCACAGCCGGCCACGCCAUUGGAACAGCUUGGAACAUAUUCAAGAUGAGGAAAGCCCUCAAGCCUUCUUCUCUUCCUUCAACUGUAGCAAGGAAUUGUUUGAGGAAGUAACUGAUCUAAUAGCCACCUCUACUUCAUUCCUGGAAGUGGAUAUGCGUGGUUGAUUUGGCACUCUAAAGAAGAGAUGUUAUAUGUGUGAAGAACUCAAUGUAACUAUAAAAUAUUAAUGACCCACUUUAUGCUAUGUUCUUGGCAUAUGGUUCUGAUUCAGUA